AUGAGUCCUGAGCACGUGCCCCCUCACCCGCCGCAGUCGCAUCGCAGCAACGUGUUCACCUCAUUCUCGGCCUGUAUCUUUAGGUUUCUGGGUCGUUCUGACAUCUCCGCAAACCCUUCAGUCUCUACCAAUACCACGACACUUGAGCAUUUCUCCUCUCGAUCAUGGACAGCGCUCGUUGCUUGUAUUCAUGCCAUAGCCACUUCCUCGUGGUUGAAUGUCCUACUUGUGAUUGUUCCAAUAGCCAUCACCAGUUAUCUUGUCCGAGCACAUCCGGUCAUCGUCUUCGUUACAAAUGUCAUCGCUGUUGUACCCCUAUCAUCUCUCCUGACAUAUGCCACCGAGAAUAUUUCACGGGAGUCGGGUGACGCCAUCGGGGCUCUACUGAAUGUUACUUUUGGUAAUCUGGUUGAGAUUGUCCUCUUCAUAGCGGCACUCUACCAUGACAAGUUCGAGGUCGUCCAGGCGUCGAUUCUGGGCUCAAUUCUCGUGAAUUUGUUGCUCAUCCUGGGUAUUUCAAUUCUUGCUGGAAGCUUCUACAACCAUGAGCAAAGGCAUGAUCAGGAUGAAGCACAAGGUCUUGCGUGUCUACUCAGUGUGUCUGUGUUCAGUCUCCUCGUACCAAAUGCAUUCUAUCACUCUUUUGACGACGAUGAGAGAGCUGAAGCUGCCACCCUGAUCUUGAGCCGUGUCUCCUCACUGAUGCUACUGGCUAUCUAUAUCCUUUACAUCUUCUUUCAAAUUAGAAGAUCCGUCUCGACAGUCUCAUACGACCCACCUGGUUUCAACUCGAGCAGAAGAACAAGCGGUAGCCAUAGUGACAGCCUCCGUGCCUCGUUUCGGGCGCCGCGAUCUAUUCGUUUUCAAGAUGAGGAAUCAGUGGACAGCUUCCAGCUUGGUGACAAUCCACGGAGAGAUGUGCUCGAGCUAGGCUCUCUGGUGGAAGAGGACAGGCUCGAAAUGGUCGAAGACGAUGACCGCCCACAAUACCAGAGCGAUGAAGAUGAAGAGUCUCAAGGUCUCAUGCAGCGAACGAAUGCGGAGGACAAGAAGACAGUACCCACACAAUCAAUCUACCAACAUCACACCCAGCAUCGGUCACACUCGCGAGAGCCUCGACGACGCAGCCGUAGUCAAGGGGCAGAUGCGAGGCGACUUUCUUUUGCCAGCUCCACCUCAAACCUACCUCGAUUUCUCCUACGCAACAACCCAACAACGAGUAUUGACACGUCGAGCGACUUGGAUACCAUAUCAGAGCCGACGAAUGUCGUUGGACGAAAGAUCUCGAUAUUGAUACUCAUCAUAUCAUCAGCCCUUGUUGCCGUAUGUGCAGAGUUUCUUGUCAAGACCCUCGAUGAUAUGGUGUCUUCUGGACCCUUCUCUCAAGCGUUCAUCGGCCUGAUCAUCCUUCCUGUGGCUGGCAAUUGCGCUGAGUUGCUCACUGCUACUAUUGUUGCUGCAAGAGGCAACUUCGAUUUGGCAAUCGGUGUUUCUGUUGGCUCGUCGGUUCAGAUUUCAUUAUUUGUGACACCACUUGUUGUCCUCUCCGGCUGGAUCAUGCAGAAGCAAAUGACCAUGUAUUUUGGCCUAUUCGAAAUUGUGGCAUUGUUCGCCACAACGUUUCUGGUGAAUUGUUUAAUACUCAGUUCAAGGACGAAUGCCCUGGAGGGAAGCAUAUUAUGCGCCUGCUAUUUUAUCAUGGCAGUCGGAGCAUUUCUAUUUCCCACGUCUGCUGAUGCAUCCUGA